AUGAACAUGUUAGCAUCAUCAUCAUCAAUCUCUCUUCAACCAAACAUGCUUCUUCUUCCCACCACUUCAAUUCCUUCGAUUCGACCCAUCAAAACCAACUACAUCAAGAUGAAAACAAACCGUUUUGCUGCUUCUGCUGUUGCUGUUGCUGAAGAUUCCGUUUCCUCAGAGUCCUUUCCUUCUCUCGAGACUCCGCCUCAGUCUCAGUCUCAGAAACUAGGAGUUGUUGUGAAACCAACAUAUAAACCAAAACUCGUGUUGAAGUUCAUUUGGAUGGAGAAGAACAUUGGUAUCGCACUCGACCAAAUGAUACCUGGCUACGGAACCAUUCCGCUAAGCCCUUACUACUUUUGGCCAAGGAAAGACGCAUGGGAAGAGCUCAAGGAGUUGCUAGAGAGUAAGCCAUGGAUAUCUCAAAAGCAGAUGAUUAUUCUUCUAAAUCAAGCCACUGAUAUUAUCAAUUUGUGGCAACAAAGUGGUGGUAAUUUUUCCUCCUAA